AUGCCGUGGCGCCGGCGCCCCCUGCUGACAGCUGUCGCUCUACUGAGCACCAACGCAUUCUUGGUGUGCACAGUCGAGCCAGUGUACAACUUUGUGUGCAAUCACCCUGCGUGGGAGAGACGGCGUGUGCGGCGGCAGGCUGAGAAGGAACGGGAAGAGCUGAUGCGCCGCAUGCUGCAAGAGCGCCUCUCUCAGCAACAGCAGCAGCGGCAGCAGUCCUCUUGA